GCGUGUUUACGUGGCAGCGUCGCCCCGCCCCCUCCGUCCUUUAGCGCUAGGGCGCGCGCGCGUUCUCUGUGUCCCGUCGUCCGCCACAGUCAUGGCGGCCCCGGGCGCUCCGCUUGAUGAAGACUGGGAGGAUUUUAACGAAUUCAAAGCGGCCGAUUCGACCACCAGCUGGGCCGCGGCACCGGAGAAUUCACCGCAGAUCCAAAGCUUCGCAUCCUUCGACGAGACGCUGAGCGCGAGCUUCCCUCACUCCAGCAGCUCGUGCACGAGCGUCUCUGUGCGCGCAGUGAGUGAGCACGAGCUGCUGCGCGACGACGAGAUAUGGAAUGCUCUGACGGAGAACUAUGGCAACGUGAUGCCAGUGGACUGGAAAACCUCUCACACUCGUUCACUACACCUGCCCACACUAAACCUCCGACCUCAGGAGGCGGUGGAGGUCCGUAAUCUUGAUGUGUCUGAUGACGAGGAGCUCAGGGAUCAGAUGGACAUGCACACGAUCAUCAUCUCCUGUGUGAACGAGGAGCCGCUGUUUACUGCAGAACAGGUCAUAGAGGAGAUUGAAGAGAUCAUGCAGGAGUCUCCAGAUGACGAGGAACAUGAGAGUCCAUCUCAGUUUGACCUCUCCAUGAUGUCACAUGAGUUACACACACUCGCACACUCUACGUCUAACAGCAGCUGCGAGGAACGGUUGCGUGGUCUUUGUGUGUCUGAGCUGCUGGAGCGUCUCGAGGAGGUGGAGCGACAGAUCCGUGGAUUCUCAGAGGAGCUGAUCGAUCAGCUGGCAGUGAGGGAGGAGCUGGACUAUGAGAAGGAGGUGAAGAACACGUUCAUCUCGGCAAUCAUCGACGUGCAGAACCGACAGAAAGAGCAUCGAGAGCUGCUGAAGAAAAAGAGGAAGAUAAAGACCACAGGAGGAGUGCAGAGAUCCGACCGCUCGCAUGUGCCAGGAACCUAUUUGACGACGGUGAUCCCGUAUGACAGGAGCAGUGGAGCGCCGUCUGUAGAAGACCUGCAGAUCCUGACCAAGAUUCUUCAUGCCAUGCGUGAGGACAGUGACACGGUUCCUGCUCUUCUGACCGACUACAUCCUCAAAGCACUGGUGUGAGAGAUCAGGAGACAGAGUGUUGUGUCCCACAUAGAGUUUCCAGAGUUGAAAACCAGCUAAUAUCAUCGGUACAUUGGACAUCUGAUCAUCUGCGUCUCUCCAGAUGAUGUUCUUCUCUAAUAAUGCACAGAAUUUACCCCGCCAGUGGCAUUUAUUUCUCAGUCUGAAUGUGUUUGUGUAGAUGUUAUUGUGUGUGAGCUUGAGUGCAGUAUUUAGUUUAUUCCUUAAUGCAGUUCACAUUA